AUGCGACAGACAUUUGCGCUCCUCGCAUCCCUUGCAGCAAUGGCGCUGUGUGGGGCAAACUCACACAGGCACUACAGCCGAGGAAUCAACACCAAUCGCACUACGAAUCUUGACUGGGAUGCAGCGCGCUCAAAAGCUAUCGCUUUCGUUGCGCAGUUGAAUAAUUUGGAGAAGGUGAACUUGGUCACUGGCGGCUUCGAUGUUGGACCCUGCAUUGGAAACAUUGGUCCAGUCGAGCGGCUUUCUUUCAAGGGAUAUUGCAUGUCCGAUGGACCAGCGGGUGUGAACCGCGCGGAUUUGGUUAGCAUUUUCCCCUCGGGCAUCACUGCGGCUGCAACAUGGGACCGACAGUUGAUGUACGAUCGUGGCUUUGCGAUUGGGGAAGAGUUCAAGGAGAAGGGUAUCCACGUUAUGCUAGGACCAUCGACUGGUCCUAUGGGACGACAUCCGCUUGGGGGACGCAACUGGGAGGGGUUUGGGCCCGAUCCAUACCUCUCGGGAGUAUCCAUAGCAGCGACUGUCCAUGGAGCACAAGAAAAUGGUGUGCAAACUUGCUCCAAGCACUUCAUCGCCAAUGAGCAGGAGACGCAGAGAAGUCAAACUGUUUCCGAUAGAGACGUGACAGAAGCCAUUUCUUCGAACGUCGACGACAGGACCUUGCAUGAGUUGUAUCUUUGGCCAUUCGCAGAAGCAAUCAAGGCUGGAACGGCGUCAAUUAUGUGCUCAUAUAACCGUAUAAACUCUACAUACGCGUGUGAGAAUCCCGAGCUUUUAGAACAACUUUUGCGGAAAGAGCUUGGAUUCCGCGGCUACGUUGUUUCGGACUGGUUUGCUACACAUUCGACAGUUGGGUCGGCGAAUGCGGGUUUGGAUGUGGAAAUGCCGGGCCGUAUGAUCAAAAUCGGGAAUCUGCUUCCAGCAAAUGCCCCAAUUUAUUUCGGGGAGAAUCUCCUCCAGGCUGUGGCGGGUGGCAACGUCUCCAUGGAGAGGCUCGAUGAGAUGGUUAUACGAGUACUUUCCCCGUACUUCGUCCUCGGACAGGACAAGAACUACCCCUCCAUCGACCCGUCGGCUUUCGCAGUUCUGGCAGCCCAUGAAUUCGGCUUUCCCACGAUUGAAGCGCUCAACUAUUCAUUGAACGAUGUUUGGGGACGGGAUGUUCGAGGGAAUCAUGCGGGCCUGAUCCGUAAGAUUGGAGCUGCAGGGACCGUCCUCCUUAAGAAUGUGAACGACACCCUUCCGCUGAAGGCCCUAAAGAAUAUUGCAGUGUUCGGCAACGAUGCUGCUGACAUUCUCGACGGACAAUCUAACCCCCCUACUGGGUACGAUGUUGGUACUGUAUAUAUCGGUGGUGGCUCGGGUCGAAUCAGGCCGGAAGAUCCAGUCUCCCCUUUGGCCGCUAUUAAGGAACGUGCCAAAAAGGAUGGAGCCCGUGUCAAAGCAAUCACAAAUAAUACGCUCAUAGCUAAUGGGAUUUUUACGACCAUAUACCCGCUCCCGGAUGUCUGCCUCGUGUUUUUGAAAACAUAUGCGGCCGAGAGCCAGGACCGGAACUCUUUCGAAUUAGACCAUCACUCCUCUACCGUCGUCUCAAACACCGCAUCUUGGUGUAGAAACACGGUUGUAAUUACACACUCGAGUGGCGUAAAUAUAAUGCCAUGGGCGUAUCAUCCCAACGUCACAGCCAUCCUCGCAGCGCACUAUCCCGGGGAGCAAAGCGGUAAUGCCAUUGCCGAUGUCCUCUGGGGCGACCGAGCACCUUCCGGGCAUCUUCCCUAUACAAUUCCUGUGACAGAGGCUGACUAUGGUCUCCCCAUCGUCAAUCUCACAAAUGUGGCUGAUCCCAAAGGCUGGCAAUCCGACUUCACUGAAGGACAGUUGAUCGACUACCGUCGCUUCGAUGCUCGCAAUAUUACCCCAUUAUAUGAGUUUGGGUUCGGACUCACGUAUACCACAUUCGGCAUGGGGGCCAAACUUACGGUUCGUGCGUUAAUGGACAACCCGCGGGCUGUCCCUGAUCCGCCUCAAUCCAUAUCGGUAGGGGGACACCCGGAGCUGUGGGAGAAUCUAGUUGAAAUUGAGACCAGCGUAACCAACACAGGCUCUCGGGCGGGUGAGGCGGUCGCACAACUCUAUUUGUCCUUUCCGAAAAGCGGUGUUCCUGAAGGCACGCCUGUCAAAGUUCUGCGGGGAUUCGAGAAGAUUAGUAUUAAGCCUGGAGAGACGAAGAAAGUGACUUUCAAGCUCAAGCGCCGGGAUUUGAGCUUUUGGGAUGUCGUGAAGAGCACUUGGGCUCUUCCAGUCGGCGACUUCACCGUCAAGGCAGGCUUCAGCUCCCGGGAUUUAAGAGCAGAGGCCAGGUUUGCUCUAAACGGGUCUACAGACAUAUGA